UACAGCUCCAGCUGCAUCUGUUUCUUAUUCUGAUACUAAAGAGGAUCUCCAAAAACACUAUGGCUUUGUUAUGAUAGUCUUAUUUGUUCUCAAUGAGUUAUUGAUUACUUGUCAUAUUGUAAUUAAUGUAAUUAUGUAGCACAGUGAAUAUUAUAUUUCAAUAUGGCAUUGUUAGUGGCCAAUCACAUAACAUGGUGCUAGUAGCGGAUAUCUGAGCAACCCUGACUCACUCACCUGUUCCUGUAUGUAUCCAGUUUCCGGACUCCUCAUGUCCCCAGCUGUCACAGGUUGGAGCUGCAGAAGACUCCUGUUGGCCACUUUGUUUGAGAAUCGGGGUGCGCCGUUUGAUCGACACGUUUCCACACAUUCAAACACUGAAGAGCGAUAAAGAGGAAACUGCUGAGCAGCAGAACAUCAGCAGAGACAGACAUGGCCAGCAAAUACACUCGCCUUGCAAAACAAGAGGAACCAGAGAAGCCAGAGCUCAGGAUUUUGCUUCUUGGAAAAACUGGAGUUGGAAAGAGUGCUUCAGGAAACACCAUCCUAGGAAAAGGGAAUGUGUUUGAAUUGACAUCAUCAGAGUGUCAGAAGGAAACAGGAGAGUUUGAAGGUCAAAAAUUGGCUGUAGUUGAUACUCCAGGUCUGUGUGACUCCAGUAAAACUGAAGAGGAGUUGACAGCAGACAUGGAGAGAGCCAUCUGCUUUGCUGCUCCUGGUCCUAAUGUGUUCCUGGUUGUGAUUCAGGCCAACGGAUUCACAGAUGAAGAUCAAGAAACAGUGAAAAUGUUUCAGAAGAUGUUUGGAAAAAGGUCAACAUGUUUCACAUUAGUUUUGUUGACCCAUGGAGAUGACCUGAAGUCAGAUGGAGACACCAUAGAAGAAUUAAUCAGUAAAAAUCCAGCUCUCAGUGGCUUCAUCAGUCAGUGCGGUGGAGGAUAUCAUGUCUUUAACAACAGAAACAAGGAUCCCUCUCAGGUCAGAGAGCUGCUGGAGAAGAUCAACACCAUGGUUCAGAGAAAUGCAGGAAGAUACUACACCAUUGAAAUGUUCAGAGAGGCUGACCUCAGGAUUGUUCUUAUUGGGAAAACUGGAGCUGGGAAGAGUGCAUCAGGAAACACCAUCUUAGGAGAAAAAGCUUUUAAAUCCUCAACAUCUUUUUCCACAGUAACAUCAAAGUGUCAGAAGAAAACAGGUCUGUUUGAUGGUCAAACACUGGCUGUAAUUGAUACUCCAGGUUUAUUUGACACCGGAAAAACUGAAAAGGAGGUGAAAGAAGACAUGAGUUGGUGCGUCAAGUUUGCUGCUCCUGGUCCUCAUGUGUUCCUGGUUGUGAUUCAGGCCAACAGAUUCACAGAAGAAGAACAAAAAACUGUCAACAUCAUUCAGGAUAUGUUUGGAGAACAGUCAGCACGUUACACUAUGGCCUUGUUCACCUGUGGGGACAAUCUUGAGAGAGAUGGGGUCACCAUUGAAAAAAUGAUCAAUGAUAAUCGUGUUAUCUCUGACUUCAUCCGUCAGUGCGGUGGAGGAUAUCAUGUCUUUAACAACACAGUCAAAAAUCCCUCUCAGGUCAGAGAGCUGCUGGAGAAGAUCAACACAAUGAUUGCGAGAAAUGGAGGAGGAUACUACACCAAUGAAAUGUUCAGAGAAGCUCAGAGAGUCAUGAACAAACCAGAAGCCGACCUCAGGAUUGUUCUUGUUGGGAAAACCAGAGUUGGGAAGAGUGCAGCAGGAAACAUCAUCCUAAGGGGAAAAGUAUUUAGAUCAGCAUCUUCCUUUGUAACACCACAGUGUCAGAAGGAAACAGGUCUGUUUGAAGGUCAAAAACUGGCUGUAAUUGAUACUCCAGGUUUAUUUGACACCAAAAAAACUGAAGAAGAGGUGAAGGAAGACAUCAGUAGCUGCAUCUCCCUUGCUGCUCCUGGUCCUCAUGUGUUCCUGGUUGUGAUUCAGGCCAACAGAUUCACAGAAGAAGGUCAAGAAACUGUCAACAUCAUUCAGAAUAUGUUUGGGGAACAGUCAGCACGUUACAUGAUGGCCUUGUUCACCUACGGAGACGAUCUUGAGGCAGAUGGGGACACCAUAGAAAAAAUGAUCAGUGAUAAUACUGUUAUCUCUGACUUCAUAAGUCAGUGCCGUGGAGGAUAUCAUGUCUUUAACAACAGAGACAAGGAUCCCUCUCAGGUCAGAGAGCUGCUGGAGAAAAUCAACACAAUGAUUGCGAGAAAUGGAGGAGGAUACUACACCAAUGAAAUGUUCAGAGAAGCUCAGAGAGCCAUGAAAAAAAUAGAAGCCGACCUCAGGAUUGUUCUUGUUGGGAAAACCAGAGUUGGGAAGAGUGCAGCAGGAAACAUCAUCUUAAGGCGAAAAGUAUUUAGAUCAACAGCUUCUUCUUCCUCUGUAACAUCAGAGUGUCAGAAGGAAACAUGUCAGUUUGAAGGUCAAACACUGGCUGUAGUUGAUACUCCAGGUCUGUACAAAACUAAACUAACUGAAAAGGAGGUGAAGAGAGAGAUUGUUAGAUGCAUCUCCUUUGCUGCUCCUGGUCCUCAUGUGUUCCUGGUUGUGAUCCAACCAAACAGAUUCACAGAAGAAGAACAAAAAACUGUGAAAAUCAUUCAGAAGAUAUUUGGUGAACAAGCAGCUGAUUACACGAUGGCCUUGGUAAUCCAUGACGAUGAUGAGAAGCAGGACACCAUAGAAGAAGCAAUCAAACAUCUAGAUCUCAAAGACUUUAUCAGUCAGUGCCAUGGAGGAUAUCAUGUUUUUAACAGCAGAAACAAGGAUCCCUCUGAGGUCAGAAAGCUGCUGAAGAAAAUCAACACAAUGACUGAGAGAAAUGGAGGAUGCUGCUACACCACCAACAUGUUUGAAGAGGCAGAGAAAGCCAUUAAAAAAGAGAUGGAACGACUUCAGAAAGAAGAUCCAAAGAUGACGGCCAAAGAAGCAAGAUACAAAGCAGAAAGAAGGAACGAGUUUACUCAGGGGAAUUGGGAUGACAUUAUUGCUGGAGCUGCUGCUGCUGGUACUGGAGCUGCUGCUAAGGUUAGUAGUGGAAUUGGCAUUGGAGUUGGAGCUUUACUUCAAGGAGCACGUGUUGCAGGAGCUAGAGGAGUUGUUGGAGUAGUAGCAGGAGUUGCGGGAGUUGCAGCGGGAGUUGCAGUGGGAGUUGUGGGAGUUGCAGCAGUGGAUAUUGCAGUAAAAGCCACAACUUUGAAAUGGAAAUUGUGGGAUUGUGUUACACAGUAACAUUCAGUAUAAACAUGUGUCAGCUGCUGGUAAAUAAGAACAUUUAUAAACAUAAUAACAAUAAUAGUGUGGAGUUCAGUAUUUUCUGAUAAAGCAAAUUAUAAGAUAUGAUACCCAAAGAAGAAAGAAACAAAUUCUUUAGGACAGCAUGAGAGCUUUUGUUCAACAGUAAUUUCGAUCAUUUAGCAGUAAAGAAGGAAAUAAAGAAGGAAGAAAAUAAUCACAUCAUAGUGUUAUUGUCUUUGUAAUUCUUAUUGUUAUUAAUUGUUUUUUUAUAUGAAAUAUAAUCUUUAAUAACAUCAUAGUGUGUAUUAGUGUACUGAAUAAUCAUUACAUAAUCAUUACUGAUUAUUAGCUUAUUUGUAAUCAUUGGGAAAAUAUUGAAUUCCAUAAGUCUGUCAGGUUAUGUACGAUGUGUUUUGAAGCUGUUUUCUCAUAUUUACUUUGACCUUUCGAAUGAUGUGUCAUGAAUAAAACAGAUUAAAUUUAUUCAUGAAGGUUGUUUUUCUGUUGUCUUUUCUAACAAAGAAACCUGGCAUGAAUCACUCAAGAUCACUGAGCUGUUUGAGCGGAUCAAAUUAAGACGUUAAAGAACAGCAGUCAAGUUUCAAACAAAGUAGAAAUAUUUCUUUCAGCACUUAAUACUAAGUGUGUGAUCAUGUCUGCUGAGUAAUUUGAAAUGGGAAAUGUGGAUAAUUUUUCUUGAAUGAGCUCUCGCUGCCAAAAUCAGCUGAAAAGUAAUAAAGUGAUUAGAAACAAUUUAACGAUGUGUGUGGGACUGUGUCAAAGAAGAAACUUAUUUUAAUAUGAGAAUAAAGUGUAAAAAGACCUGAGGUUAAGGCUGCGGCUGAAAAUACACAUUUAUAAAAGAGAGAUAAUAAUGAAAAGAGCCUGAUACACACACUGUAACCAAUUUAUGUAAUGCAAACAGUGUUAUACAGUAAUAAUUUAACAAAGUAUAUUUAUUGUAAAUUAAAUUUACAGUUACUUAACUAGAACAGGAUACUGUACAAGAUACUGUAAUAGGUUUGUAAUUUUACUGUAUUGACAAUUAUUACAUUGGAAAUAUAUAUUACUACAACUACUGUGAUAUUUACAGUAAAGUUACAUCAGUAAAAUCAGUUACAGCAGGUUGU